AUGAAUAAAGAAUAUCAAUCCAGCUUCUUGGUUAAUAACAAACUAACACCCCGUGUCUGCGCUUUCAUAAAUUCCGGAAACAAUCACAUGAUUCAAAAUCAAGUGAUCGACAAUCCGCGACAACUUGUUAAACUUCCAUUUCCACCAAAAAUCAAUUCACAAGAUUUGGUUAUUUUACAUCCUGAUGGUCGAAUUCCCAAAACUCCUAAUGCCUUCAUCAUUUAUAGAAAAUUAUUUUUUGAAACUGCUCGUACUAAUGGUUACAACUUGCCAAUGAAUAUUAUUUCUUCAAUGGCAUCACAAUCAUGGGAACAAGAAUCAAAUGAAGUAAAAAUUGAAUAUAAGAGAAUUGCAAAAGAAGCUUUCAAUUAUCGUAAUGAAUUAUUUCCUAAAGUGAAAGUUGAAAAGAAGAGAAAUCAAUGGAAAAUGAUUUCAUUCGAUAAACCUUCUACUCGUAAAGUUAAAGUGCCUAAAUCUAUGAAAUCUACUAAUAAAAAAUCUAUUAAUAAAUCCAUUAAAAAUAAACAACUCGAAUCAUCUACCGUAGAGCCUGAGCUUAAUUUGUUUCCUGAAACAACUGACGCCAACAAUUUAAAUAAUGAGAAUUCACAAAUCUUAAAUCUUGAUUUAUUUGCAAAUUGGGCCGAUUUCUUUGAUAGCCAAAAUGGUUAUCCAAGCCCCGAUUUAUCAACAAUUUCUAGUGGCUACACACCUAAUACUAAUAUCGAUAUGACUGAAGAAUUCGAAUUCGACUUAGAAGUCUCUGCGCAAUGCUUUGAUAGUCAAAAUAGUUAUCCAAGCCCCGAUUUAUCAACAAUUUCUAAUAACCACUCACCCAAUAUGAUUGAAGAAUUUGAAUUCAACAUAGAAACUUCUACACAAUGCUUUGAUUUACCAGUUCAACAAGACCAACAAGUCAAUAUUAAUGAAAAUCAAUAUGGACUUGGAAUUUUUGAUUUCUCUAAUGAAAAUGAAAAUUUAGAAACCAUUCAAAUUUUCGAUACACAAAACGUAUUUAACAUGGUUGAUGAUACACCUUAUUAUCAAUCAUUAAGCACAACAAUAAAUCAAGAUUAUUUAAAUGAUGCAUUAAUUUCUUAUGAGAUGGGUUUUGAUUAUUCAUUUUAA